GGGUAGCGGUGCUUUUCCUUGAUAAAGAACGUCAGGGUGCUGCAUUUGAUCCACAGGAGUUAAAGUUGCCAGGCUGUGAGAGAGCAAGCCUGGCUUUUAGAUUAGACACCAAGACACCACGGUUUAAUUCAGCCGAGGAAUUCUGGGACUAAAUUCAUAAACAGAUUGUAGCUGCGAUGUGUUUUGUGCUGCGCUUAUCCAGAGAGAUUCCUGAGAGCUGUGGUGAAAGCAAAGUGAAGAAAACAAAGGAUCUUUGUUGAUUUUCUUUUCUGAGGCAUUAUGUUGGGACCACAGCGCAUUCAGCUGCCUCUACCCCACGUUAAAAGCUCGCUGCCUUUUUAGUGCAUAUGGGUCAGAUUAGUGUGUGGCUGAGAGGCAUUUAUAAAUGGGACCUUAACUUUGCCUUCUUUCCUUCUUUCUUUUGUUUUUUUUAACAGUAACUUUUAUCAGACUUCUGCAUGUGGAUCCUUUUUCUUUUUCUUUUUCUUUCUUUUUGUGAUUGUUGUUGGGGAUUAGGAGACGACUUCACAGGGUCAAAGUAGGUCGCGCUCAUUUCCAGAAAGAGUCUUUCCCAAGCUAAAUACCAAAUGUUUGAGUCACUGAAGGUGAAUUGUCAGAGCCUGGACGUGGUUACUGCUGUGCAUUUUGGAGGAUGAUAUUUUAAGUGGGAUAUUGGCAGUAACACAGGAGGGACCUCAGAGACACUUUUUCCACUAUGAACCGCGCCUUCAACAGGAAAAAAGAUAAAUCUUGGAUGCACACCCCGGAUGCACUGGCCAAACAUUACAUAGCCUACAAUGCCAAGUUCCUUGGAAACACAGAGGUUGAAGCCCCAAAAGGCACAGAGGUUGUGAAGGAUGCAGUCAGAAAGCUGAAGUUUCAGAGGCAUAUCAAGAAGUCAGAGGGACAGAAGAUUCCCAAAGUGGAACUGCAGAUCUCCAUUUAUGGUGUGAAAAUACUCGACCCCAAGACGAAAGAUGUGCAGCAUAACUGUCAGUUACACAGGAUAUCCUUCUGUGCAGAUGACAAAACUGAUAAAAGGAUAUUUACUUUUAUCUGCAAAGACUCCGAGUCCAACAAACACCUCUGCUACGUGUUUGACAGUGAAAAGUGUGCAGAGGAGAUAACUCUAACUAUCGGUCAGGCCUUUGACUUGGCCUACAAGAAGUUCCUCGAGUCUGGAGGCAAAGACGUGGAAACCAGGAAACAGAUCGGAAGCCUUCAGAAAAGAAUUCAAGAACUGGAAACAGAAAACUCUGAGUUAAAGAAACAGCUCCAAGAUCUUGAAGAACAGCUGAUGAUCGCUCAUGUGCCACCACCGCUGCACAUAAACGCAGCUAACGAAGCGUACAUGCUGCAGAGGCCCUCCUCUCUCUUCUGGUGUCACAGCAUCAAGUCGCUGUCCUGUCUGGAAAUCUCCUCUGUCACACUCACUCCUAUGAGCUCACCGGAGUCCAACCUGUCCACCGGGCUACUAACUCCUCCGCCUGCCAAACCUGCUCUCCUUCCUCCUAAGCCGACCGAGGGAUGCAGCAUCCCCCGGCCUCGUGCAGGCAGCAUCUCCAUGAAACCACAGUCCACAGACAUUUUCGACAUGGUUCCCUUCUCCCCUGUGACACCGCUGGUGCCCACGCUGGCCAGUAACGGCUGCCCACCACCACCGCCGACCACAUUGCCACCAGAUAUAAGGAAAGACUUGUUUGGUGCUGAGCCAUUUGAUCCGUUCACCUGCGGGGCAGCUGACUUCCCUCCUGAUAUUCAGUCGAAGCUGGAUGAGAUGCAGGAGGGGUUCAAAAUGGGACUAACCUUAGAGGGCACCGUCUUCUCUCUGGACCCGCUCGACAGCCGCUGCUGAUGCCAAGAAGAUGUUCCUCGUCGCGUACUUUUAUCUCGUUUGUAUGAAGAAGUGCCAAAAUCCACUCCACAGUCGAGUCAAGAUGUCACAGUUUUCAUCUUGAGGUUUAUAUGCAUUUGCAUUUAGAUUGGUUUUUCGAUAUUUCAAGGUAAACACAGAUCCAUUAUAGAAAAGAACUAUUUUUGUAAGAAAAAAAUAAUAAUAGUAUGGAAGGAGUAGUUUUGAGUACCUUUGCUUGCACAGGAAAUGAGAGAUGUAAAUAGUGGAAUAUGUUUAAUGGUACACUCUGUGUCAGAAUUUUCAUAUGAGACAGUUUGUGUGUAUGCACCAUUUGAAUUCUGUAUUGUUGACACAUUCCUGUUUGUACGCCAACACAAGCUGGCAAGAUAAAUAAAUGGAACCUGUAUCAUUAACACAGACUUUCAGCUCGCCCAUAACAUCACAUACUGUAGCUUAUUUUACUCAGCAUCAAGUCACACAUUAAGUAGUUCAUUAAUCCAGAUGGAUUUGUUGUUGUUUGUUUUUUAACAUGUAAAGUCAUUUGAGUUGACAUUUCAGUAUUUACCUGUCGUAUUAUGACUUUGUCGUCAUCUUAGUCUCCUCUUCUCUUGCACCAGAAGGCACUUUUUUGGACAGACUCUGUCCAUACAUGCAGUACUAUUCCCAUUCUUUUACUUUUGGUUGCAUUGACUUUGCUGUUACAGUUAUUAAAGAAAAUACUGCAAAAAAUGCUGCA